ACACACACACACACACUGAGACACACACACACACUGAGACACACACUCCCCGAGCACCUCCCUCUCAGGGUCUGAGAGGAGCUGAUUGUCUUCAGCCUCAGACACACAGACAGAGUGGACGAGUCCUCUCGUAUCACCAUGAGGUUUGAGGAGAUCUUGGACGAAGUCGGCGGCUUCUCCAGGUUCCAGUUCCUGGUCCUGUGCAUCCUGUGCCUCCCCCGUGCCAUCCUCCCGCUCCACUUCCUCCUGCACAACUUCGUCUCCGCCACACCUCCUCACCGCUGCGCCCUGGUUAGCCCGGAGGAUGUUGACGGGGUGUCGCUGAGCUCCGAGCCCGAGACCCUCAGGAUCCCACGUCAGGAUGACGGCUCACUCAGCUCCUGCAGGGUGUACGACCCCCCGCUGACCUUCGACCUCGAGCAAGGAAACGGGACGGCACCUUGUCCACACGGCUGGGUCUACGACCAAUCACAGUUCAGCUCCACAACCGCCACCGAGUGGGAUCUGGUGUGUGACAACAAGCAGCUGAAUCAAGCCCUCGCCACGUACUUCUUCAUCGGGGUGACAUUUGGAUCCGUUGUGUUCGGACAGCUUUCUGACAAGUUUGGUCGUAAGUCGAUGCUCCUGGUGGCUCUAAUCACCUCCACCAUGCUGGGAGUCACCUCCGCCUUCUCCACCUCCUACGUGAUGUUCGCCGUCAGCAGGGCGCUGUGUGGCGUCUCCCUCAGUGGGCUGUCCAUCAUCGGGGUCGUCCUCGGUAUCGAGUGGACAGACGUGAAGCACCGGACCUUCAGUGGGACCAUCAUGAGUUUGUCGUGGAGUGUGGGGAACAUGAUCCUGGCCUUGCUGGCCUACUUCAUACGUGACUGGAGACACCUGACGCUGGCGGUGACGGCACCCUGCAUCGCUGCCCUCGUCUCCUGGUGGUGGCUGCCGGAGUCGGCCCGAUGGCUGCUGGCCAACGGCAGAGUGGAGGAAGCCAAGAAGUAUCUGGUCCAGUGCGCUGAAAUGAACGGCAAGAACGAAAACACAUCCAGACUGGAUACUGAGACUCUGGGGAAGGUGACGGUGUCUGAAGUGGCUCAGAAGAGCCACUCGUACCUGGACUUGGUCAAAACACCCCAACUGAGGAAGAUCACCCUCUGCUCUGGAUUGUUCUGGUUUGCUGUUGCCUUCCUGUACUACGGGAUUAGCUUCAGGAUCUCAGGUUUUGGCGUCAGUAUCUACCUCACGCAGUUCAUCUAUGGGGCCAUUGAAGUGCCUGCCAAAAUCCUGACUUUCUUCAUCCUGGACUGGAUUGGCCGGCGGAAUGGCCAGGCGGGGUUCCUGAUCACAACGGGAGCUCUGAUUGGAAUAAACACGGCCAUACCUUUAGAGUACUCUGUGCUUCGAACAUGCAUUGCUGUGGUGGCAAAGGGUUUCUCAGAGGCUGCGUUCACUACAGCGUUCCUUUACUCAGCCGAACUCUUCCCGACUGUUCUCAGGCAGUGUGGUAUAGGCUACACCUCGUGUAUCUGUCGCAUCGGGAGUUCCCUGGCUCCCAUGAUCAUGUUGCUGGAGGACGUCUGGCUUCUCCUGCCGCCGCUGAUCUUCGCUGGGACGGGAAUCGUCAGCGGCAGCUCGGUCUUCAUGCUCCCUGAGACGCUCAACUUCCGUCUGCCUGAAAACAUCUUCGAUGUCGAGGAGGGAAGACACAGACGAAGCAAUGGAAACGGAGAUGCAGAGACUGAGCUGAGGAAGAUAAACUCUGAAGACCCGACAGCCCAGCAGCAAAACUGACAAGCUGCAGUCUGUUGAUGUCACAGCUGAUGUCCCUUUAGUGUUCUGAGUUCUUAUUAAAGCACUGAAGUGAUGCUUGACUGUCUGUUGUUCAGGCACAUAACACCUUGCUAGUCCUGGUCCACUGUAACGGCUCAGUGCUGUCUGUGACGUGAACUCCUGGGUAUUACCGUAAAUUGUUUAAAUGCAUUGAACCUGGUUAUGAUGUGUUUGAGUCAAAAAGAGGUGAGAAAUGUGAAGUAUUUGCAGGAACAACACUGUUGAACAAUAUUAACAUCAUUCAGAAAGUGAAAAAAAACUGUUCCAAACCUCAGGCUUGAUGUACAAAAAAGUGGUAAAUAAAAUGUCUGAGACAAUGACAAUAAAUACUAAAUACUUCUUGGAGUAAACUGCUUCAUUGUUCCUGCUCAUCAAGCUCUGAUGUUAAAGAAGAAGAAUAAAGUAGAAAGAUGUCUACCGAACACGUGCUGCCCCCUACUGGCUGCCUUGAAACCCAUUCAGAUCAGUCUGUCAAUCUGCUGUCCUGCUGUGAAAAAGCUUCAGGACAGACUUGAUGCUGGUGUGUUUUUCUUAUCAGACAGCAGCAACUGACACCAACAGACAAACACACAGUGUGAGGACCAUUUACUGCUCCUGACAAUCACACUGACGCAUCAGAAUGGGUCACACUCCAACAGACAUGUGGGAUGGAAACAAAUAUUUACUAAGAACACGAUACCCACUUUGUC